UUCAGAUUCAUUUUUACAUUUCUUUUUUACUUUACUGUAAUUUUUUUCUUCAGGUUUUCUUAAUCAAAUCGGUUUGGUACAUUUAAAGUUCCAUUUUCAGGAUUCCUAGUCUUUUGUGGAGGAGACAAGGUAUAGUUCCUUAAUCAGGAUUGCCUUCUAAAUGUAGCAUUGCUUGUAGUCCUCAUUGUUAAAGAUGAUAAACAACCAAUCAAGGGAAUCAACCAAGAUCUUUGACAGUCUAAUUGACCCUGAAAAAGCUGAAGAACUCCAAAGGACCAAAACAGAUAUUGAGACCAACAUCACAAAAAUCUUGCAGCUUAUUAAGAACGAAAACCAAAGCAAAAAAGAUGGGAGUCCUAGACGUUCUAGAAAAGAGGCAGAACUUGUGGGACUAACUGAGGACUUAAACAAGCAAUACCAGUCACUUUAUGCACUGUAUGAUAAUGUUAUUGGGAAAGUAGCUUCUCGCCAAAGAAACAAGAAGGCUUUAAUGGCUUCAUCUGACUCAGAUGAAGAGUACUUUUCCUCAGAGGAAGUAGAUGGUAUUAAGAGAAGGUCGGAUAAAGAACAACACAAUGUAUCUGACACUGUCAUACAGGAACCUGAUAGAGGUGAUAAUAGAGAGGUGAAGGAUCCUAACCAAAAUGUUGGCAAUACAAAUGAAGUUCUUAAGACUGAAGCGUCAGAAUCUGAUAAACAAUUAACUUCACUAAUGGAAGAGAUGAGACGCUUGAGCAAGGAUAAAAAUAACCUAGAAUUUCAAAUUGAAAGCCAAGCAAAUGAAGUUAAACAGCUAAGCAUAAAGAAUACUGAGCUUCACAACCAUGUCACAGAACUCGAAUCGUUGUUGAAAGAGAAAGAAGGCGUGGUGUCUAAUUUGGAGGUGAAACUCAAUAACAGCGAGGAACAGGCACAGUCCAACAUUGAAAGCCAAGCAAAUGAAGUUAAACAGCUAAGCAUAAAGAAUACUGAGCUUCACAACCGUGUCACAGAACUUGAAUCAUUGUUGAAAGAGAAGGAAGGUGUGGUGUCUAAUUUGGAGGUGAAACUCAAUAACAGCGAGGAACAAGCAAAGUCCAACAUUGAAAGCCAAGAAAAUGAAGUUAAACAGCUAAGCAUAAAGAAUACUGAGCUUCACAACCAUGUCACAGAACUUGAAUCGUUGUUGAAAGAGAAACAAGGUGUGGUGUCUAAUUUGGAGGUGAAACUCAAUAACAGCGAGGAACAGGCAAAGUCCAACAUUGUAAAAUUGAUGGCACAAAUCAAUGAGCUUGUACUUGAGACCAAAUCUCUGAGGACACAAAAAGAUGAGAUGGAAGAAAAAAUAAAAUGUGAUGAAAAUGAAGCGUCUACCCAAAGAGAGGACUUGAUGGAGAAGCUUAACGUUAUGCAGCAAAAGUUAGAUUCUAUGGGGAAUCAGAACGAAGAACUAGAAGCUCAGAUGGAAAGAAAAGGGGAAGAAAUAUCACAGUACCUAACUCAGAUAGAAAAUUUGAAGGAGAAUUUAGCUGAAAUGAAAUCAACUGAACAGACUAUGAUAGAAGAGAAAGAGGGUUUUUUUGGGAGGUUAAAAGACAUGGAACUCGAAUUGGAAAAUCAAAGCAACCAGAAAAACGAGCUGGAAGAGCAGUUAAGAGAUACGAGUUAUGAGGUCAAACAUUUGAUGAAUGAAAACAAGGCCUUGCAGGAUAGAAACCAUGAACUGAAAGCAGCAAUGACACAGAGGGGGGAAGAGAUAUCUGAUUAUUUGAGGGAAAAUGAUAGCAAUGAAAAUGGAGCUUCAAUGGAGAUCAUGGCUUUAAAAGCUGAAGUUAAUGACAUGAGACUAGAGUUGGACAAUUUAAAUGAACAGAAAACCAAGUUGGAGCUCCAGAGCGAGCGAAACCAGAAGGAAUAUGCAGAAAGCCUAGCAAAAAUCGAAAAUUUGAACACAAAGUUGGAAACUCAGAUAGCUGAUCAAGAGCAAACUAUAAAGGAUCAGGCAUCAGCCGUUGACCAAGUAAAUGCGGAGCUAAAACAAACGAUAAUGACGUCAAAUAAGUUAAGGUUGAGUCAGCGAUCAGCGGAAAGGAAAGUGGAAGAAUUGGCAGAAAAGUUGAGGAAGAAAAUGGAGGACAAUAUCCGCUUGUUGCACCAGAGGAUUCAUGUGGCAGAACAGCUGAACAAUGAAAACAAAAACAGUUGCAAGUUAAUAAAGUUAAGGUAUGAGCAAGAGAACAAUAUUCUUGGACAAAAAGUUGCUAUUUAUGAAGAGGAAUUAAGGAGGCUUAAAGAGGGUCCUAGUGAAGUAAAAACCUCACCAAGUGUUGAUCUAAAUGGGUUUGAAUUUGAGGCUGCUCUAAACGGAUUAGAUGAAGCCGCAGCAAAAGUUGAGGAACACAGAGAGUGUAUCAUGAGCAACGUGUCUAAAAUGCUGUGUGAGGUUCAGUUCGCUAAGGAUUGGAUAAAGAAAAUGAAUGGAGAAAUGAAACAACUGAAAGACAAUGUGGAUUAUCUUAGGACGUUACUGAGUGAAAAAGAAGAGCAAGAAUUGUUGUUGAGAGAUAAGGUGUGGAACUUAGAAGCCACAGUGAGCAAAGAAGGAGGAGAGAAGCUGAACUUGACAAAAGCAGUGAACAAGCUUGAAAAGAAAGUGGGGAAAUUGGAAAAGAAUUUGAAAGAGAAGGAUGAGGAUUUGGAUAGCCUUGGAGAAAAAAAGAGGGAAGCAAUAAGACAGCUUUGUUUGGUUGUUGAGUUUCAUCGUGACCGUUGUAACUAUCUAAUGAAUUUGGUCACAAGUAUGAGACUCAAUAAGAAGACAUGAGCUUUGGGGGGUAAAAAGGAGAGGUGAAAAUUUUCUUUCUGUUUUUUGUACAUGAAGUUAGUGGACACCAAUGGUCCACAGUUUUGUAAAAUGAAAAAAUAUUUCAUUCUAUUAUUAUUUUUCUUCACUUUACCACUCUCA